AUCAUGCCCGAUCCAGCCAAGACCGCGCCCAAGAAGGGAUCAAAGAAAGCCGUGACCAAGACGGCCGGCAAAGGAGGCAAGAAGCGCAGAAAGUCCAGGAAGGAGAGCUACGCCAUCUACGUGUACAAGGUCUUGAAGCAGGUGCACCCUGACACCGGCAUCUCAUCCAAGGCCAUGGGCAUCAUGAACUCCUUCGUGAAUGAUAUUUUUGAGCGCAUCGCCGGUGAGUCUUCUCGGCUGGCUCACUACAACAAGCGCUCCACCAUCACCUCUAGAGAGAUCCAGACCGCCGUGCGCCUGUUGCUUCCCGGCGAGUUGGCCAAGCACGCCGUGUCCGAGGGCACAAAGGCCGUCACCAAGUACACCAGCUCCAAAUAAAGCGCGUUACCGCCAUCUUCAUCAACCCAACGGCUCUUUUAAGAGCCACCCACUUUUCAUACAAAGAGUAAUUUCCUCUCUUUCGCUUUCUCUCUCGCUGUGUGUGUGUGUGAGGGGAAGAGAGAGGGGGACUUCCUCCAGAGACAUUUCCCUUGACCCGAGCUCCACCAGGGGACUUCUGAAGCGCUGCACUCCCGCGGAGGUUGAGGCUUUGGGGUAAUUCUAGCAGUCUGCUAAAUGCAGAGAUGAGUAAAUCUAAACAGGGUUGUAGCACGGUUUCGGGGGUCGUAUAAUCUGAGCAAUGCAAAAUGGGACUUCAGCAGCACAAAGUUAUUCGUAUUAAGAUUGUAGCAACAGGAAGUACUUGAAAAUGGUUUUCUACUAGCACAUAAUCAUUCUAAAUCAGGGGUGCCCAAACUUUUCCUGUGAAGGGCCAAAAAUCAAACUUGAUUGAGGGCUGUGGGCCAAAAGUACAUGUUGCAUUAUACCAAACUGUAUUAUAUUAAAAUUACACUUGCCAUGGUUCUCAUUUCAUAAUAUUUACAAAUAAAUUAAUAGAAAAUGUUAGUCUAUCUGUUUCACUAAUGCAGUUUUAUUUUCAGAGUUCUAUAGUUCAAUGAAACUUAUAGUAUAAUUAAAACAUAGAACCAAUCCCAUUUAUCAUACAUGUUCAAUACCUAAUACAACUACUCAAGCUAUAAGCAAUACAGCCACAUGCCUGCAAUAUCAGUGACCUCUAAUGAGACACAUGAAGCUGGUCCUUAUUUUUCAAACGUUUUUCCAAAUUGGGAUGCAGCGGACUUACUGUCAAAGUCAGGAUAUUAUGGUGGUGAGAGUC